CCCUCUCUCUCUCUCUCUCUCUCAGUCUCUCAGUCUGCUGGUCUCUCUGGUCUCUCUGGUCUCUCUGGUCUGGUCACACUGGCUGUAUCUCUGUGGAGGCUGUUUUAAACGGACCAACCAUCACUACUAUUGUCAUCACUGCGCGGAGGUUGAAUGAAAUGAGAUGACUCUCCCUCUGGAUGGAUGGAUGGAUGGAUGGAUGGAUGGAUGGAUACGCGUUUGUUUGUGUUUUUUGAGGAGAGGACAUCGAUGACUUAUGAAGCUGAAGAUACUCAGCAGAGUAAAGGGACGGCCUCUCGGCUCCAGACUGGUGAAGCUCUGUAAAGUCAUUCCUGUGUUUUAGUGCGAGCAUCCCUGAGGAGAUUUGUGUGUCAUCAGGACCUUGAGACACACACACACACAUACACACACACACACACUCUGAUGCCCAGCCUCUCCUUAUUACAGUAGACCUGGCAGACCUCUAAUCUCUAAAAGAUUGAUGAGGUCCUGUUCAGGCGCAGGAGGCCUGGCACAGCGUCGAUAAGGCAGCUUUCAUUUCACCACAUUUUAUCCCUCGCUCCUUCCUUUCUGCUCCUCUCUUCCUCCCUGCUGAGGGAUGCGGGGGGGCUGGCUUUGAAGCGUGAGAGAGGAUUACGCCACGCCCAGGCCCCUGGGCCAGAAGGACAGUGUUUUAAGGAACAGGAGCCAUGAAAUGCCGGGGAAAUGACAGUUCUGUUUUCUUCUGUCACUCCGCGUCGGACAGCCGCAUGGUAGCCGAGCGGGACGCCGGAUUCGGCAUGAAACUGUCAAACUGCUGGAGCUGGAAUAUAGUGAAACUACAGAGGGACACUCAGAGCUGAGAGUAGCUGAACACUCAUCACACACCUGCACACACACACACACACACACACAGAGACACCCUCAGAGUGUUCCACACAGGACAAUGUGCAACAUCUCGUUCUGUGAUGUGGACAGUAAGGUGGACCAGUUCUUCCAGCCCACGCUCUACAUCAUCGUCAUCGUUCUGGGGCUGCCCACCAACUGCAUGGCCCUGUGGGCUGCCUACAUGCAGGUACGGCAACGCAAUGAGCUGGGCAUCUACCUGAUCAACCUGUCAGUGGCCGACCUCCUCUACAUCACCACUCUUCCUCUGUGGAUCGACUACUUCCUACAGCACGAUGACUGGAUCCACGGUCAGGAGAGCUGCAAGCUGUUCGGCUUCAUCUUCUACACCAACAUCUACGUCAGCAUCGCCUUCCUCUGCUGUAUAUCGCUGGACAGGUACCUGGCCGUGGCCUAUCCUCUGCGCUUCGCCAAGGUUCGACGAAUCAAAACAGCGGUCCUGGUCAGCGCCAUGGUUUGGAUUAUUGAGAUCGUGGCCAACUCUGCUCCUCUCUUCCACGACGAGCUCUUCCAGGAUCGCUUCAACCACACCUUCUGCUUUGAGAAGUAUCCCAUGCAGGACUGGGUGGCAGGCAUGAACCUCUAUAGGACAUUUCUGGGCUUCCUCGCUCCAUGGACAGCCAUGCUCGUGGCCUACCGGGGGAUCCUGGCAGCGGUGCGCUGCAACGUCUCUACAGAGCGUCAGGAAAAGGCCAAAAUUCAGCGCCUGGCGUUGAGUCUGAUCCUGAUCGUUUUGCUCUGCUUUGGACCGUACCACAUCCUCCUCCUGGUGCGGAGCGUCAUGUUUCUAAGGAAGCCAUGUGACUGCGGCUCAGAGGAGAGCUUGUUUGCAGCGUACCAUGUAUCGUUGGCGCUGACCAGCCUCAACUGCGUCGCCGACCCCAUUUUGUACUGUUUCGUCAACGAGGGGGCAAGGCACGACGUUGGCCGAGCUCUCUCGGCUCUACUCUCUGCAGCUUGCAACAAGGGCUCCUCUUCCUCACCAUCGCAUGGCGACAUGCUCAACGCUGGUUCAGUGACUGUGGAAACGCCGCUGGCAACAAAGAAGCAGCCUUGUGUGUACGCUGAUGGAGCCAAGACAAGCAGCUACAAGACAGAACUAGUGGCUCUGAAGGAGGAGUGUCUACAGAUGACCAUCCUCAGUGUCAGGAAGUGACUUCAACCUGGAGCAUACUGUAAGAGGUCCAAACUGCUUAGCUCAGUGGAUGGAAGAAGCUCCCAACACUGACAGGGUCUGAUGGCUUCUGACCUGAAAUCAGAUGCAUUUAUGAGGCUGUAGAUGUUUGGGGUAAAAGCCUCCACAAAUGGCACAUUAACAAGCCAGAAUGGGAAUGAGAUUUAUGAAAUAGACGAGACAUAUUGUCUGUAGCCACGGUAGCAGUCCCUGUGCUUACACUCCAGAAAACAAAAUUGUUGGGUGAACGAAAAACGUAGAGACUACUUGGUUAUUGUUAGAUCCUUACCACCAGUGGGGCAAAAAAAUGUGGCUUGAGGGUGGCACUUGAGGACUGGUCAUGUCGUGAAAAUAAGGAUUUAUCCUUUGUAUGGCAACCAUUUUAGCACAGGCUUGGUUCUUUGUUGCUGAUUUGGUAUAACGUUUGUUACUUCAUGCUGUAGUUCGUCAGCCUCUGCACAGCUGCACUGCAUGCAUAGUGUUAGCAUGUCAACAUGCUGUAUCCCAGACAAUGAUUCAGUCAUCUGCUUUAGAGGUAUCCUCAGUGUGUUGGACCAGAGGAAAUUUUGACCUGCUGGUGGCGCUAUAUGAAAAGUCAGGGGAUCACCAAAGUCCUCAGGAUUCAGCCUCAGUGGACCACAGAUGUCGGUACCAAUUGUCAUCCCAAUCCAUCCAGUAGAUGCUGAGAUAUUUCAGUCUGGACCACAGUGUCGGACCAACAGACCAGCUGACAUCCCUACAGUCAUCUCACUGGUGCGGCUAAUAAGGAUGCUAUCAAACACCAUGUGGACAACUACCCACUGUGGCAGGAGUAAUUUACACUUUCUAGGAAGAUGUUCUUGAAUAUUUAAGUAGAAUUAUUUAAACACACCGCGUUCUGCAUGGCUGAGUAUUGUUAGUGGUCUGAGAGGAAUUCAGACUGCAUGGAGAUUGGGGUUCGUCACACAAAGGCACCACUUUGGAAUAUGGAAGAAGAGCAGAAGGGUAAUAAAAAAGAUUGUAGAUUACUGUUCAAUAAAACAUUUUUAAUGCUUGUUGGAAACCGUUUUAUUAGUAUUUUGAAGGAAAUAAUGAAGCCUUAUGAAGUACCUCAGCUCGUAAAAUGUGAUAGCAGGAAGGCUUAGAGUAGAAGUGUCUCUGAUGUUAUGUGAGCAAUGUUUUCUCUCUUUCAUUUUUACCACAGGCAGCAAAAUAAUCAGAACUCAGUCCACUAAGAUGACAGAGAAAACCCUAAACCAAAGCGUGCAUUCAGCUAAAGUCAAAUCUAUCAGUUAUUUCAACAUUAUGUUGAAAGCACUGUAGUAAAAACAGCCUUUACUGAAAUAGUGUAGCUAGACAACAUCUCUCAACCACCAUGAAUCCAAACUACAUGCUUGGGCGUUGUUGACCCGAUACUGUUUACAUUCCUUUUUCAGAAAGACGCCUUCUAACCACUUGCACAAAAGUUUCCAGAUCUUUGUUUUCCCUAAAGGUAGGAUUUGUACAUUCAUUCUUGAUUCAAGCGACACUCCUGACAGCUAACAGUUUGUCAUAUUAGGGAAACGAACCAAGAGACAUUUGUCAGUAAUGUCAAAAAUGUGAUUAGGAAAGUAAGAAAUACUUUACUGGAUAUUCAAAUAAAACCAUCUCCAGUAGUCAUCAGGGGAUGUGGCAGCCUUCAAAACAGCAGUGUAACACUCAGUGGUGUAGUGGAGGGUUUACACAGGUAUAUGGGGUCAAUGUAUUCUCAUACAACAGUUUGUAUGAUAUCUCACAAAAAAGUUAUUCCUCCUUUUUCGUUUGUUUUCCUACGAAUGUCCAGCAACACGUGUCAAUUUCCGCUCGUUACAUACAUAGAGUCUAUUUAAAAUAAACUUCCGUCUUCACAGGAAACAACUUAGUUAGGUUUAGGACAGAAAGCUACUUAGUUGACUUAGGAAACGAUUGUGGUUUGGCUUAAAAUAACUCUGGAAGUGGUGUUACCUAAAUACAAAAGUCACAUGACACAAAAAUCAACACUGACUUUUGGUUUCACAUAGGUAAAAGUCUGGUGUUUUUUGACCCGCCCAUACAUCCUGACCUCCUUUCUACACUUUUGCCGCUGAUUAUAUUUCCUGGUUCAUGAUCACGUGAAUUACACAUAAAUUAAUUUCGUGGGAUAUACACUAAGUACAAUGCAUUACUUUUCAUAGGUAUAGCUAGGAAAGCUGUAUGAGACCAGCCUGACGGGUUAUAACCUCCUUUUUUUCUGGCGGUAUACGGAAUACCAAUAUCAGCCAAAAAGCCAUUGGAAUGGAUAUAGAGCAGAGUAUACCCACUUCCUCCUCGGGAACCAUCAACAACCACUACAACACUGAUUUUUUAAAAAUGAUUUCCAAUGGAUUAGCUGCCAUAUUUUGCCAUAUAUUGACUCCUUUCUGAAGUCCUCAUGUUAAGUGAGAGCUGUCAGGGCCGCGAAACAAAGAAAUCUUAAAAAAUAUCCAUGUGCUGCCGCGCAUAUUUACCAUGAUUUGACAUUACACUGACAUAAGAGAUCUUCCUUUUCCUAGUUGGCAGCUUGUUUUUUUUUACAGUAAAUCCAACACAAAAUGACCAAACAGCUUUCUGUGUCAUUCACAACAAAUGGGAUCCCAAAGCUUAAUGGCUGCUUUUACAACAGAGUGUUGAAUACUGAACAUAAAGAAAGUAGAGGUGGACACAGCUGUCAGAGCAGAGGCAUCUUCAACUUAUAAAAUCAAGUUUGCAGCGGUCAGCUUGAACUUUAAACCUUCUCUGUUGGCUCUAAUGUGCAAUUCUUUCUUUCUUUUUUACUGUUUUUUGCAAAUUAGUGGUAACAACAUUUCAACAAAUUGUCUGUUUACAUACAGAAUGUCCUGCUGUAUGUUCAGAUAUAUAACAAGGACAAUGACCCGUGAGUGGAGUAUUACGGCUGAAAUAACUCCUUUCCCACGCAAUGAUUUCAUGGUGAUAGACAACAAGUGUCCAUGUUGCAGUUCCGCUGGCCAACAAUUACAUUUUAAGGGUGAGAAAUGUUUUGGAAAGUGUCUACGUGAUCCCAGCAACGCUUUUUUGUUCAUGUUGUCUUAGCAUGAAAGCAUCCCUCUACUCAGCGCAAUGAUGUUACGGCAGGUUUUUUGUCAUUUCAGCUUGUCAGUGUUGCCUAAACGCUGCUGUGUACCACUGCUUUUGUUGUGCAUCUGCAUGUCAGUCUGAGAGAGGAGGUACCAGGCUUCAAAAUGUGUAUUUGUUCAUCAACAAUGUCAGUGAGAAAUAAAUUAUGCAUAUGAAACCUUG